AGACUGUAGUGGGCGAGCGUCGUCACUUCACAGUCAUAACGAAACAUUAAUAACCGUAGAAGAAGACCCACUGUCCGCCAGUGCUUUCCUGUCUUCCACUCUGCGGCUCUUUUCGCUUCUGCAAGUGGGUGGGCGCGCAUUCGCUACGACCAAGAAAAGACCCAGACAAAUACUCGCCAAGAGGACCGAGUCCUCUUUCCUUGAAGCGUUUUUAAAAAUAAUUUCCAAAGCGAUGGUAACCUACGAAUAAGACCAACUUGAACGCAGCUUCUUUAUCCAUGACACCACUGGAGCACUGGACAGAAUGGUAACCCUGUGGAUAUUUUUCUUGUGUCUUAUUGGAGGAAGUUGGACUGAAAGAUCCAGUUCGUCUCCUACCGACACUGCUGAUAAUGGUAUAUCAGAUUUCUGUCGUAUCGAUGGCCUUCUGUGCCGCGACGAGAACCCUGUUCUCAGUUUUGAGGCCAUCCGCAGCAUCCACAAGCAGAUGGACGAUGACAAAAACGGCAAUGUGGACGUGGUCGAGACAGACGGGUUCUUAAGAGAGGAUCUGAACUACCAUGACCCCAAGGCCAAGCACAACAGCUUCCAUGGGGAUGACCAAUUCAUUAGCGUGGAAGAUCUGUGGAACGCCUGGAAGGGCUCUGAAGUGUAUAACUGGACAGUGGACGAGGUAGUGGAAUGGCUCAUCACUUAUGUGGAGCUGCCGCAGUACGUGGAGGCCUUCCGUAAGAUGAGCUUUAACGGUAGCUCCAUGCCCAGGCUGGCUGUGAAGAACACAACUCUGACACACGCCAUCCUCAAGAUUCUGGACCGCAGCCACGUUCAAAAGCUGCAACUCAAAUCUCUGGACACCGUCCUGUUCGGAGCACCCCUCAUGAACAGACACAACCAUCUGAAGGACUUCAUGUUGGUGGUGUCCAUUGUCAUCGGAAUGGGCGGUUGCUGGUUCGCUUACAUCCAGAACCGCUACUCCAAGGAUCACAUGAAGAAGAUGAUGAAGGAUCUGGAGGGCCUGCAGAAGGCCGAACAAAGUCUUCAUGACCUGCAACAAAAGCUCCAGAUCGCACAGGAGGAGCAUCGCUCGGUGGAGGUGGAGAAGGUCAACCUUGAGCAGAAGCUCAGGGAUGAGAUCAGCACAGCAAAGCAGGAAGCCCAACGGCUAAAGGAGCUGCGUGAGGGCACCGAGAACGAACUCAGUCGACAGAAGUACGCCGAAGAGGAGCUUGAGCAGGUACGCAUGGCGCUUAAGAAAGCCGAGAAGGAGCUGGAGUCGCGAAGCUGCUGGGCCCCUCCAGAAUCGCUCCAGAAGUGGCUGCAGCUCACUCACGAGGUGGAAGUGCAGUAUUACAACAUCAAGAAGCAGAAUGCUGAACGGCAGCUCCUGGUUGCUAAAGAAGGGGCUGAAAAGAUCAAGAAAAAGAGGAACACUCUCUUUGGGACAUUCCACGUAGCACACAGCUCGUCCCUGGAUGAUGUGGACCACAAAAUUUUAGCAGCAAAACAAGCACUAGGCGAGGUGACGGCCGCCCUGCGCGAGCGUCUCCACCGCUGGCAGCAGAUCGAACUGCUCACCGGCUUCACAGUGGUCAACAACCCUGGCCUACCGUCGCUGGCGUCGGCCCUCAACCUGGACACCAGCUUCUUAGGGGGCCGCGCCACGCCGCAGCACUUUAUUGUGUCGGACGACUUGGACGACCUGGACGAGGACAUCUUGCCCGCCGUGCUGCAAUAUGGCAAACGGCUGUUGGAGCGACGAGCCAGUGACCUGUGGUCCGGCGGCUCGGAUUGUCAACCCGUAUGGAAAAAUCUCGCUCCCAGCAUGAUGUCCCUGCGCCAACGCCACAUUGAUCCGCACCUGGCUUUGAGCUCGCAGAGGUUGGUAGAGGGUUCCCAGCUGGAGGGUCAGCAGGGGGAGGGAUCUUCGCAUUCAGGUCCCCGGCCUAGGACGGCUUUCCGAGAGUCCCGCAGCCAGUCUUUCGGGCACCUCGAGAAUUUGUGUCUGCCCCCGCUGUCUUCUGCUGUUUCCCAUCCCGCCAUCAUCUGUAGCUCGGGCUCCAAUCUGCAUUCCUCUUCUUCUGUUGGCCCUCAUUCCUCCCACGUUUAUCACCCAUCUUUUCAGCCUUUGGACCCAAUUCCAGACCUCACCUUCUCCGAUGUCUCCGAAGCACAAUCGGCGCGUAGAGACAGCUUUGGGGACCUAAAUCGGUCGGACUCCGACUCGUCGCUCUCCCUGUCGCAAGUGAGCGACAGGCUGUCUGUGUUUGGCUCUAAAGGCCUCCUGAUGAAGCCCACCUCCCUGCUGCACAGCUUUCCCAACGGGAGCAACAGGGUCCAUGAAUGCAGCGCGGGUGAGUACUUGCCCGACAGCCCCAUCCUCAUGAAGAAGGUUCAGCAACAGGAGGUGGCGGCAGAGGCCCACAGCCCCACCGAGUCUACCCGCUCCCUCAGCUCCACCGAGCCGGAGACCCCCUCGCCCACCUGGGUAGCGGGGGCCAAGGGAAACUCCCGCAUCCCGCAGCUGUCAGCCAAGAAGAGCCCGCUAGAGGAGGACAGCGCCUCCACGGGCGAGGACACUGAUUCCACAGCCAGCCGCAAGAAACACACUUUCAAGAUUUUUAAGAAGCAGAAGAAAUGAGGGCUAUGUCUCCUUUUGGGGUUCUUUAAUUGUCCCGUUGCAACUUGACAUUUUGUGAGGUUUCAAAACUUUUGGACUUGGGGAGCAAGCAGCGCUGCUUAUAUUAUUAACAAAAAGGUACGGUAAUUUUCGGACUAUAAGCCGCUAAUUGAGAGGCGCUGUGCAAACUGACCCACAUGCACAGGAGCAUCAAAACAAAUGCUGGCUCAAUGGCAUUCUAGGGUGAUCAUUUCCAAAAAGAGGAUACAAAUAACAGACAUAAAUAAUCCCCCUUUAGUCUUAUAUUCAAAGUUUAUAUGGAUUCAUAGGCAUGUGCGUGCAUGACGCACACAUAUACGGACAAUUUGCCUCGACUCUCGGCCGUGUAAGCAAUCUUGAAAUAUUGCGCAUUUGGAGCACAAAUAACCCCCCAUUUUCAUUUUUUUAAAAAUGACUUGUCAAGCUCACCUCUUCCUUAAAAGCCGCACUCAAGCUAGGUGCUAACGGUAAUGCACAGCACCAUCGCUAACGUAGCGCCCUGCCUCUCACUUUUUGCUGAUGUAAUUGCCGCAUGAAUUCCUAGAUCAAAUUUGAAAUGGUCCACUUUUAUGCGACUUGUCCUGUUCAGAAAGUCAAGUUAAUGCCUGACUCGAGUCAAAAAAACACAAAAAAAUCGGAUUUGUGCAUUCAGACCUAGCCAAAGUGUCAUCCGGCAAAAAAUGUCACCAACUCCAUUUAGGUCCAGCUCGGAUCUUUUACAUCCGUUCAAAAGUGAUGUAAUUUGCUUGAUGAAACUAAAUGACAUCUGUCAUAAGCAUUAAUUAAUGCUCAUGACAGUGCCAUCCAUUCAUCAUCUUCUGCUGCUCCCGCGUCGGGUCGCGGGAGCAGCAGCUUUAACAGGGAAGCCCACACUUCCCUCUCCCCAGCCACUUCAACCAGCUCCUCCAGCGGGAUCCCAAGGUGUUCCCAGGUCAGCCGAGAGACACGGUCAGACCCGGUCUCUCCAGCGUGCUCUGGGUCGUCCCCGGGGCCUCCCGCCGGUGGGACAUGCCCGGAAAACCUCUCCGGGGAGGUGUCCAGGAGGCAUCCGAACCAGAUGCCUGAGCCACCUCAGCUGGCUCCUCUCAACGCAGAGGAGUAGCGGCUCGACGUAGAGUCCCUCCCGGAUGACCGAGCUUCUCACCCUAAAUCUUAAGGGAGAGCCCGGACAUCCGGCGGAGGAAACUCAUCCGCUUGUAUCCAGGAUCUUGUUCUUUCGGUCACGACCCACAGCUCGUGACCGAGGUGAGGGUGGGAAAGUAGAAUUGACUGGUAAAUUGAGAGCUUUGCCUUUCGACUCAGCUCCUUCUUCACCACUACGAACUGUUGCAGUGUAAUGUAGAUGCUGCACUUAUCCGCCUGUCGACCUCCCUCUCCCACCUACCCUCACUCGUGAACAAAACCCCAAGAUAUUUGAACUCCUCCACUUGGGGCAGGAUCUCAUCCCCGACCCAAAGAGGGCACUCCACCCUUUUCCGACUGAGGACCAUGGUAUCGGAUUUGGAGGUGCUGAUCUUCAUCCCGACCGCUUCACACUCUGCUGCGAACCCCUCCAGUGAGAGUUGGAGGUCACGGCUUGAUGAAGCCAACAGCACCGCAUCUUCUGCAAAAAGCAAAGAUGCAAUGCUGAGGUCACCAAACCCCUCAAGGCUUUGGCUGCGCCUAGAAAUUCUGUCCAUAAAAAUUAUGAACAGAAUCUGUGACAAAGGGCAGUCUUGGCGGAGUCCAACCCUCACUGGAAACCAAUUCGACUUCCUGCCGGCAAAAUAGACCAAACUCUUGGCACCGGUCGUACAGGGUCCAAACAGCCCUUACCAAGGAGCUACUGUAGGUACCCCUUACUCCCGGAGCAUCCCCCACAGGACUCCCCGGGGCACACGGUCGAACGCCUUCUCCAGAUCCACAAAACACAUGUAGACUGGUUGGGCGAACUCCCAUGCACCCUCGAGGACCCUGCCGAGGGUGUAGAGCUGGUCCGCUGUUCCACGGCCGGGACGAAAACCAUACUGCUCCUCUUGAAUCCAAGAUUCGACCCUCGUCUCCAGCACCCCUGAAUAGACUUUACCGGGGAGGCUGAGGAGUGUGAUCCCUCUAUAAUUGGAACACACCCUCCGGUCCCCCUUUUUGAAAAGGGGGACCACCAGCUCGGUCUGCCAAUCCAGAGGCACGGUCCACGAUGUCCAAUCGAUGUUGUAGAGGCGUGUCAGCCAUGACAGCCCCACAACAUCCAGAGGCUUUUGGAACUCCGGGUGGAUCUCAUCUACCCCCGGGGCCUUCCCACCGAGGAACUUUCCAACCACCUCAGUGACUUCAACCCCAGAGAUCGGAGAGCCCACCUCGAAGUCCCCAGAUCCUCCUUCCUCAAAGGAAGGCGUGUCAGUAUAAUUAGGAGGUCUUUGAAGUAUUCGCCCCACCGACUCACGACAUCCCGAGUCGAGGUCAGCAGUACCCUAUCUUCACUAUACACAGUGUUGAUGGUGAGACUGUUUUCCUCUCCUCAGACGCCGGAUGGUGGACCAGAAUUUCCUCGAAGCCGUCCUGAAGUCAUUUUCCAUGGCCUCGCCAAACUCCUCCCAUGUCAGAGUUUUUGCCUCAGCGACUGGGACAGUCACAGUGUCAUGUCAUAAUUAUAAGAACGUCAUGAGAGUCUUAUGAUGCUGCUGUCAAAUAAAGUAUUACCGGUUAAUAUUUUCUGAUGUAAAUAUCCAUAAUACAAUGAGGACAGCUGCGGUUUAUAGUCCGGUGCGGCUUAUCUAUGAACAAAUGCUGUUUUCGUGCCUAAUUUGGUGGGUGGCGGCUUAUAGUCAGGUACGCCUUAUGGUCUGAAAAUUACGGUAGCCAUAUACAGUGGGGCAAAUAAGUAUUUAGUCAACCACUAAUUGUGCAAGUUCUCCCACUUGACAAUUUUAGAGAGGCCUGUAAUUGUCAACAUGGGUAAACCUCAACCAUGAGAGACAGAACGUGGAAAAAAAACAGAAAAUCACAUCGUUUCAUUUUUAAAUAUUUUAUUUGCAAAUCAUGGUGGAAAAUAAGCAUUUGGUCAAUACCAAAAUUUCAUCUCAAUACUUUCUUUUGUACCCUUUCUUGGCAAUAACUGAGGCCAAACGUUUUCUGUAACUCUUCACAAGCUUUUCACACACUUUUGCUGGUAUUUUGGCCCAUUCCUCCAUGCAGAUCUCCUCUAGAGCAGUGAUGUUUUGGGCUGUCGUUGGGCAACACGGACUUUCAACUCCCUCCACAGAUUUUCUAUGGGGUUGAGAUCUGGAGACUGGCUAGGCCACUCCAGGACCUUGAAAUGCUUCUUACGAAGCCACUCCUUUGUUGCCCUGGCUGUGUGUUUGGGAUCAUUGUCAUGCUGAAAGACCCAGCCACGUCUCAUCUUCAAUGCCUUUGCUGACGGAAGGAGAUUUUCACUCAAAAUCUCUCGAUACAUGGCCCCAUUCAUUCUUUCCUUUGCACAGAUCAGUCGUCCUGGUCCCUUUGCAGAAAAACAGCCCCAAAGCAUGAUGUUUCCACCCCCAUGCUUCACAGUGGGUAUGGUGUUCUUCAGAUGCAAUUCAGUAUUCUUUCUCCUCCAAACAUGAGAACCUGUGUUUCUACCAAAAAGUUCUAUUCUGGUUUCAUCUGACCAUAACCCAUUCUCCCAGUCCUCUUCUGGAUCAUCCAAAUGCUAUCUAGCGAACCGCAGAUGGGCCUGGACGUGUACUGGCUUCUGCAGGGUGACACGUCUGGCAGUGCAGGAUUUGAGUCCCUGGCGGCGCAUUGUGUUACUGAUAGCUUGCAUGAAGCCCCAGAUCGAGGGAGAUUAUCAGUGGUCUUGUAUGUCUUCCUAUUUCUAAUAAUUGCUCCCACAGUUUAUUUCUUUACACCAAGCGUUUUACCUAUUGCAGAUUGUCUUCCCAGCCUGGUGCAGGUCUACAAUUUUGUCCUUCGAUAGCUCUAGGAGUUUGGAGUGUGACUGACUGAGGUUGUGGACAGGUGUCUUUUAUACCGAUAAUGAGUUAAAACAGGUGCCAUUAAUACAGUUAACGAUUGGAGCCUCGUUAGACCUCGUUAGAAGAAGUUAGACCUUUUUGACAGCCAGAAAUGUUGCUUGUUUGUAGGUGACCAAAUACUUAUUUUCCACUCUAAUUUGGAAAUAAAUUCUUUAAAAAUCAAACAAAGUGAUUUUCUGUUUUUUUUCUCCACAUUGUCUCUCAUGUUUGAGGUUUACCCAUGUUGACAAUUACAGGCCUCUCUAAUCUUUUCAAGUAGGAGAACUUGCACAAUUGGUGGUUGACUAAAUACUUAUUUGCCCCACUGUAUGUUCUUUUGGGUGAAAUUCCAGGAUAGAACUUGACUCAGUGGCUGGUUCAAUUGGAUUGGACUUUAUUGCUGUCAAUGGCAGCCAAUUAAUUAAAGGCAAUACAAACUCUACUAAAUAAAAGUAUCGGAAUUUUUGAACGCCUGAAGGAAAUUUGGUGGAAACAUUGCUUGUUGAAGAAAAAGUAAUUUUUUCAUCCACUACCAAAAUCAAGUGUGAGUAAAACGCUAAAAUAACGACUCAAACUCAAUUGAGAUGUGUAUUUGUUAUAAUGCCAACGGGAAAUUGGCUCAAUUGGACUGUUCAAUUGCAAAUAUGGUCAUAAAAUUAGCAAAGAAAGUGUUUACAAACCACACAAUGACCUUUGACACAGAGUCCCAUUCUGAAAGCCCUGCCAAUGACUGUGGUACACGACAAAACAAUUUUAACUGGGAAGUAGCUCAAAGUAUUUUUUUUUUUUUUGUUUGUUUGUUUUUUUCUAAACAGAUGUUUAUAAAAUGUCUUGCAUGAUAUACUGAAGCGUUUACAGUUGAAAGUGCAUCAAAAGUUUACAUACGGUUCGACUGUAAAGGUGACAUUGUACUCCACUCAUUGUGUAGGCUCAUCCUGGAAUUUUACCAAAAAAAAAAAAACUUAAUAUUCCUCUCUUUUUGUGAGCAGUACCAGUGGUUGGGGGGUGCAAUGUAAAGAAUUAUUUAUUCUAUGCCAGUCUCCAAGGGAAACAACCGUGUUUUUCUGUGCAUGCCUUUUGGUUAAAUGCUGACAUUAUUUAUUUAACUCAAUGACUAGGCCUCACUUGGUCAGGAUUUUUUUUUUUUUUUUUGCUUAAGACGACCAUGUGACACAGACGACACAGUCCAAUGUUAAAAGUGUAUUUGGCUGUAGUUUUUUUUUUGUGUGUGUCUCCUGUUUAUUUUGAAUAGAUGUGGUGUCACCGGAGAAAAACUGUUACCCAAAAAUAUCAUGUUAGAGUCCAAGACACAGAAAAACAUGUUUUUGACCAAUAUUUACUGUCAAUAUGAGCAAGUUCAGUACAAUUAAAAAUGAAGGCCCUCUCAGAAAAGUCCCAAAUGAGCCAUAAGGAGUAUGUUAAAUUUGUUAUUGUUAGCCUCAGCAAUCCAAGGCAGCAUUAAAGGGGAAGUUCAGAAUUUUUUACAUCAGGCUUAAUCUUCGAGUUAGCGAGGGUUUAAUUAAUCUGUGGAGUUUAUUUCAACAAAUGCCGUGUCGUUUAUUAGUUAUUUUUUCGUUUUGGGGCUCCGGAGUGGCUAAGUUAGCGCGGGUCAAUCGGGCAGACUUAGCAUGCCAAUAAAAAACAAAUGCAAUCAAUAGUGUUGGCUAUGUUUUCAGGAUAAAGUUAUUACAAUUUACCAUUGCGUGUUAAUAAUUGCAGUAUGGACAGCAAGAUUUGUAAUCCAGAACCUCUGCAAAGGAGCAGGGCGGCGUAAUAUCGCAUCGUUUUUUUUUCCACCGCUGAUUUUUUUAAUGCCGUAGCCAGCAGCAAGUAACCGGUUUAUAUUGUUUCUCAUUCUUCAUAGAGAAUAUUUGGAAACUUUCCUUUGCCCAUUUCUUGUGAUUCCACAGCCUCUGGAUGCACAUUUUACCAUGUUGCCGGGGGUCAAUUAACUCAGCAGAUCGAGGCUGCAUUCAAGGAAAGUGGGAAGUCAAGAGUUUCCAACCUCGGAUCUGGAAACGCAUCAUUGGAACGCCUCCAUCCACCAGGCCUGUCAACAGGGACCUGGGGACAAGAGACCAUUAUAGGCAUAAGCGGAUUUUAAGGGGGGGGGGAGGCCCCCCUGGUGGCCGAAAAGCGUCAUUGCAUGUAAUUGACUUUCACACAUCAUGUGACUUUGCAUAUAAUUU